CCCCGCCGCGGAGCCUCCGCGGGCAGCGGGAGCCGCAGCCGCAGCCUGGCCGGGCCCCGCGCAUGGGGGGCCGCUCCGGACAUGCCCUUCUCCGCGCCGGCGGCGCCGCUCGGCUUCGCGCUGCUGCUGCUGGCGGCCGCGGGAGGGUCCCUCCCGGCCGGGCGGAGUUCAGAUGGUUCCCUCUCUGGGGUUAUGCAGAAGUGGAAGGAGUAUCAGCUCCAAUGCCUGCAAUACUUGUAUGAGGCACCCCCCAUUGUGACAGAAGGCAAGUUCUGCAACAGAACAUUUGACGAUUACGCCUGCUGGCCAGACGGGCUGCCUGGUACCUAUGUGAAUGUCAGCUGCCCCUGGUAUCUCCCCUGGGCUGACACAGUGCUGCAUGGGCAAGUGUACCGGUUUUGCACCCUGGAGGGCACAUGGCUGCUGAAGGAGAAUUCGACCCUGCCCUGGAGGAACCUGUCUGAAUGUGAGGCCUCGGACCAGGAUGCACCAGAAGAACAGCUCCUGCAUUCGUCCAUCAUAUACACCAUUGGAUAUGCUCUUUCCUUCUCUGCCCUUGUAAUAGCAACUGCCAUUCUGCUUGGAUUCAGACAUCUGCAUUGCACGAGGAAUUAUAUUCACUUGAACCUCUUCACCUCUUUUAUCCUCCGGGCUAUAUCUGUCUUCAUUAAAGACUCAGUGGUGAAGUGGAUGUACAGCACAGCCACACAAGAGCACCAGUGGGAAGGACUUAUCUCCUUCCAGGAAUCGCUCAGCUGCCGCUUGGUCUUUGUGAUGAUGCAGUAUUGUGUGGCUGCAAACUACUACUGGUUACUGGUGGAAGGCAUGUACCUGUACACGCUGCUGGUACUUUCAGUCUUUUCUGAGCAGAGGAUUUUUCGGCUGUAUCUCUGCAUUGGCUGGGGUGUGCCAAUGCUGUUUGUUAUCCUCUGGGGAAUUGUCAAGUACCUUUAUGAAGAUGAGGGCUGCUGGACCAGAAACUAUAACAUGAAUUACUGGUUGAUCAUCAGGCUGCCCAUUCUCAUUGCCAUUGGGGUAAAUUUCCUGAUCUUUAUCAGAGUUAUAUGCAUCAUCAUCUCCAAACUACAGGCUAAUUUGAUGUGCAAAACUGACAUAAAAUGCAGGCUGGCCAAGUCUACGUUGACUCUGAUCCCGCUGCUGGGGACCCAUGAGGUCAUCUUUGCCUUUAUUACUGAUGAGCAUGCCAGAGGGAUGCUGCGCUUUGUGAAGCUUUUUACUGAACUCUCCUUUGCUUCUUUCCAGGGGCUGAUGGUUGCAAUUCUCUACUGUUUCAUCAAUAAUGAGGUUCAGAUGGAGUUUCGAAAAAGCUGGGAGCGCUGGAAAUUGGAACAUUUCUAUGUUCAGAGAGACAGCAGUAUGAAACCUCUGAAGUGUCCAGCCAACAGCAUCAGUAGUGGAGGCACAGUAGGCAGUAGUGUCUACGCUGCCACUUGUCAGGCCACAUUCAGCUAAGGUUUCUGCAGGUGAAUCAGACUGAGAGCAAUGAACUGUAUAAUAUACCUGGAAACCCUCAAAUACCCAAGCAAGUGGCUUAAGUAUGCCAUCUCCAGCAAGAAACUUAAGCAUAUGCUGCUCAUUGCCUGCAGGCUGUUGGACAAAGGUUUCUAGGGAAAGCAAUUUGCUAAUGUAAUCAACACAUCAGAGGAAAAAUUGAUCAUGUCUAAAGUAAGUUAAAAGAGUUUCUUCCUAUUUGCACACAAGGCCUCCAGGUAUCCAAAACCUAAGCAUAGCAUUGAUCCGGUCUGAAACCACAGGGUCAAUGGCUUAUUAUUGUUGAGUGGGUGAGCUGACUGAUCGACCGAUUGAAUUACAAGGAUACAGAAUAUCAUUAUUGCCAAAAAGUAGACUUAGACCUUUAUGGAGACAGGGUGAGGUAAAACCAGUUUUAGAAAAAAAACACUUAGUGAGGCACAACUUGCAUUUUAGGGAAGAAUCAGUUUUGUAGUAGUAGUUUCCCAAAGCUAAAGUUGAAAAUAUGCUUACCUGUUUUCUGGGUAGGUGAAGAACAGCAUCCUGAAGGUCUAUCAAUACAGCAGGUAGGGUGGUGUACAUUUCAUGCUCUUAAGCUUCACUUGAAAGAACCAAAACCAGUAUAUGGUAGGGGCCUCUUCCGUUAUUAGUAAGUAUGCAUUAUAUCAACACGGAUGGAAAUAUCCCCUGAAGGCACAGCCCUUCCGUUUUUGUGGUACUCUGCCUCUCCAGCUGGAGCUGGCACACAGGUGAUAACAGGGACAGAACAACGACUUGUGCCUCAAGAGGACAUUUUCUUUCCAAGCUGUACUCUGCUGCUUGUGGGUGCAAACAUGCAGAAGUCAGCUUGCAGCCAUAGGUGGUCUUGGGCUUUCACCUGCUUGGAAAAGCUUGGGCAGGCGGCAGCGCGGGCUCGCUGCUGCUCCCGCUGCUGCUCCUGCCCUGCGCCGUCUCCCCGGGCGGCGGGCGCUGCGGUUCAGCACGCGGGACAGCUCCCGGACCCCGCCCGCCCCCCCAGCCUGCCGGCAGCGGGACCCCCAACAUCCCCCAAACCGCCCUGAGCUCAGCUGGCUUUGGUCUGUUUAAAAGUGCCAGGGCUCCUGCAGUGAAUGCAUCUGCGCUGCUAAUUGCGUUACCCUCCCUGAUGCUCACAAGAGUUGCUGAGGAAAAAAACCUUAAGUACCUUUACAAGCAGGACAUGAUCCACUGCAUCACUUAGUAACAAGCUUUACAUCUCUUUACUCAGCUUUUACUCAGCCUCCCUUUACAACAAAGAGGCAAGGUGCCAAAGGCUAGCUCUGAGAAUAGCCCUCUCCAUACAUUUCUUGUAAUAAGUAACUUCCAUGGCAUAGCAGUGAAGACUACUCAGCAGACAUUACCACCACCACCCCCGAUUUUCAAGUCUCUCUUUGCACUUAUAUCCACAGCCCCAUUGCCAAGAAAGUGGACUGGAUAUUCUGUCAUUCAACAUCUUCCCUGCCUGAAGCUAGAUUGCUUUGCAUGGGAUUAUUUAAUCAUUGUAUUAGAAUCCAAAUUGCCAACAGGCUGGAUUAGUUUUGCAAUCAUCAGGUUAGAAUUGAAUCAAGAGAGGAUGUGUUACCUUCUUCUGCUAUAAUGCUUGUAAUUGAGCUCCAGGGGGAGGUGGGAAAGUCAGAUGUGUUUUAGAAAUCCACCACAGUUCUCAGGCUGGCUUACGUACGUUUAGCAUGCUGGCUUCUGUGCAGGCCGUUUCCAGGCUUUUACUUCUAACAGCUGCAGAGCUGACCUUGGAAUAAAGCACCUCAGGUUCUUCUGUAAAUUUAACAACUAGCUUCUAUGUUGUGUGACCAUGAAUACACCACCCGACUACUACACCCAUAUGUUAACUGCUGUCCUAUAAUUUAAUUAAUUAGCUUCCUGUAUGUAGAGUAUGCUUGAUGUUUCUAUUUAACAUCUACCCUUAAGUGCUCUGAAUAGGAAAAGACUGAUGAAGUUAGUCACUGGUAGGUGAAAGGGCAGCAUGAUGACAGAUGAAAUUUAUAGCCGUAUGAUAAUGCACACUGGAGGGAAUAAUUUAACUUAUGAAUAUUCAAGAGCGGGUGCUAGUUUCCAGGGCUCUACUUAGUUGUGUGCAAACCUGGAAAAAAAAAAGUUUCUGCUACUUGCACAGCUGUCAGCAAGCUGAGUUUUGCUAUGACAAUAAGAAGUUACAGAACUGUUUUAAAUCACUAUUAUGCUGGAAAAAGUAUAUGUAACAAAUGAAAGAGGACCGACGCAGGAAUAGAAGGUAUUUACACACAUAUAACAAACCUGUAUUUAGUUGCUGUCACAAGAUUCUUUCAACAGUUUGACACGCUUUUGAGUUACUAGGCUCUUGUCCCUCCUAAGAACUGAGGGCUCUUGGUGCACAAGAAUAGCUCUAACACCAGGUGUCAAACUUACCUUGGUAACUUCUGCCUUGUUAGAAUACAAGAGAAAAAUAAGAUGACAAAGUGAGAUCUUAGCCAAGCAGAGGGUUGUGGUGGAACUUUUUUCUCUCUCUCUCUGAUUAAGCUCUCACUUCUUCAAACCUUGUUAAAUCCCCUCUAAGUACUGAGGGAAAAUCUCAGUGAAAGCAAGUGCCACCAAAGCAGAAUUACAGUAAUUGUGUAUUGUGGGAAAUAGUUUUGGCAAGGCCUAAUCACCAAUUUCCCCAUCGCACUUCAUCUCCUUCAGUAAAACCUUUUACAAGCCUUUAUUAUUCAUGCCAGCUCUACUUCAGAAUUUAUGAUGUGCAUUUAUUUGAGUAGCAUGAAAUAAGCAAACCAACACAAAGCCCUGGAACAUACAAACCGCGUGAUUUUUUUUCCUGUGCCUUUCAGCUUCAUGCUCACUUACUGUGGUAACUUGUUUCAUGAAGCAUUAAAUAGAAAAUAGAAGCCUAUAAAUUCACCUGGACAUAAUGUAACUAGAGUUUAUAGCAAAUGAAAACUUCCAGCACUGCUGCUAUAAAGUUUUAUAAUUUCAUGGAUGUCACCUGAUAUUUAAUAUUUAUUUGCAUGUACUUCCUUGUUUUAAAACCCACAGAAUCAAACUGAGAUGUCAGAUUAUCAACUCCCCAUAAACACCAUGCUGAUGUUUAUUUUUAUCCUUGUGAAUAAAGUUUCAACUCUCAAAAUCCUAUCACUUACUGGUGUAUUUACUUUAAGUAUCACCUGACUACUUCUUACUCUGUAAUUAGAAUACUUUUUAAAAACGGAAAGACUCACAGUUCAUGGUUCUUCCAAGGUAACAAAGCAUUUUAUUUACAACUCAUGUCCACUACAAAGAGGCCUUUGAACCUGCAGAGGCUAUGUUAAUCAAAACCAAAAUGCAGCACGUUAUUUGUCUAAAGUCAGAAGGACUCAGUAAGAAUAAUGCAAACUCUGAAGGCUUUUUACCAGAGGAUGGUGAAAUACCGGAAAAUCCCAAAAUCCUGUCCUCGCCUUUAAAUAGCAGCAUUUGGAAUUUAUACAGCAGACCAAUACAGAAGCCAAGAGAGUGCUGCGGAGAGCUACUGAAAGACGCUUAGUAGUGUUAAACAUAUUACUUGUGCUUCAAUCUAUGAUUCUCUUACCACAGCAAUUAAAUUC